AAAUCAAUCCCCUACCCUCCCUCCCUCUCAAUUCACCAUUCGUUCUUGUGGAUCUGAAUAAACUAGCAACCAAUGUAUAAUAAAGGAAGUCUCUGAUGUUGUAAAUGUGAAUGUGUCCUCAGGAUGGAGCUAAUGGACUAUCUGGACAGCAUCGACUGCAGUCUGGAGGACUUCCAGGCCAUGCUGUAUGGAAAACAGUUUGGUGUGGAUUUUGAGUCCCUCGAGGAGAGUUUGUCGAGCACGACACAGCUCAACAGAGGCAGGACGGAGGAAGCAAACAUAGAUAAGCAGCUGGUCCAAUACACAUCAUGCCCCCUACUGGCCUUCCUGGACGGCUGCCUCCCUCAUGCAGAGCAGGACGUCAGCAGCAGCAGCAGCUCCUCCUUUAACAGCCCUCAGCUCUCCUCCAGCCCCCCAGCUGGUGUGGGGGUGGAGCCCCCCUUAGAGCUGCUGGACUCCAGUGUGGAGUCCAAGCCAACGGCCCGCAGCUCCCUGAUCCGCCUGGAGCCUCUGACUGAGGCGGAGGCCAGCGCCGAGACACUCUUCUACCUGUGUGAGCUGAGUCCUGCUGCAGCGGAGGGGGAGGCUCUGCAGGACAGAGUGUGAGCAGGCUCCACACCCUUAGUGGCCCUCACUUCCAUCUGGGGGCCACCGUGACAAGCAGCAGUUUGUACCCUGUGCACAUUUUUACAUUUUGCAUUGAAGAUAACAUUUGAGUUACAGAAGUAGGCGACAUUGCCAUCAAAAGUUAUAAUUAUAGUUUACCAAAGCAUGAUGGGAAGUGUAGUUUCAAAAUACAAAAACAUUCUAAUCUAAGUAAAAUUAGUACAGCUGACCUUAUUCGGUAUUUUUUUUUUUUUUGUUACCGUGCAUUACGAACAACACAUUUUUACUAACAACACAGACAAUAGACUUACUUAAAAAUACUGCAGUGAACUCUAAAACCACAAGAAUAAAUAAAUAUGAAUUAACAAGGGCUGCUUCUUAUAGCAUCAGUGUAAUAUUGCUGCAACUUGUUCAUCGGUGAAAUACAUUAUUAUUACCGUACUAUGAACACUACUUAUUAUUAGCAGUGUUUUCUUCAACGCAAUGCUCUGAAAAGUGUGGCUCCUGUGGGAACAGGACACCGCUCCAGUAUCUUUAGCAUCUGGUCAGCGAAGAAGCUGGACUUUGUUUGUACUCUGAAAUAUAUUUAUUCACAUUGUUUUUUAUCUUUUGCUACGUUCUGUCCAUAAAUAUUCAGAUAGUGUUGUGCUCAAGCUGCGGGACCUCAGCAACAUUUUGCAGAACUGGGAUAAUAGUUAAUCGAAAUAAAGACUGAACAUAAACCAGUUAAUGCCGUCCAACAAAGACACGGCUAAUAAACUAUUUGGGUAAACUUUUCUGUGUAGUAAGUUCAUCUGUUAUUCUCAGUUUGACGACACCUGUCCCGGUUGUCAAAAUAAGGAAGCAGCUUCAACCAUGAAAACAUUUAUUUUAAAGUAAGAAAUUCCUAAAUAUCCUCCGGGCUCGCUGUUCCAUUAGUUGAGGUGAGAAAGACAGAGUGAGGGGGCUGAUCUCAGAGCUGUAAAUAAAUAGUGUCCCUCAGUACGCUCAUGUAGUACUGUUUCCUCUGCUGUUCACUGAUAGAAGUGCCCUUCUUAUCUAGCCAUACUUCACAUGGCAGAGACUGUUUCUAGUUCACUGCAUGGCCAUGUCUCUGAGACCCGCCCACAUCCCGCCAGCUGUCUCAUUGUGCCAUUACAAUAAAGCAAAUGCUACAAUGUA